AUGGCUGCCACCACCGAGAAUUCUCUCAGGAGAUCAGACUCAGGCGCAGACCCAGAUGAUAGCAUCACGAGUGACAUUGCUGGCGAACUCGAGCAGACUCGUUAUGCAUGUUCAUCCCUCACGCGCCUGAGAGGAGGCACCGCCAACUUCGUUUUCCGGGGACUGCUGUCUCUUCCCCUAGAAGAUGGCACAAAGACCGUCAUCAUCAAGCACACGGAGGACUAUGUAGCCUCGAAUCGGAACUUCAAACUGUCUGCGGGGCGCUGUCUCUUCGAAGAAACCAGCCUGAGGGCCCUUGAUGGCCUCUCCAGCACAGUAACCGUGGAAGAACAGUUUGAAAAUCAACGCAACAUCACAGUCAAGGCUCCUCGUCUCCUCACCUUCAACCCGGACAUGAACACCGCUGUCCUGGAGGAUUUACCGGAGUCUUUGGAUCUGAAGACGUUCUGCAUUUCCUCGGCUGCAUCGAGUUCUCUCUCUGAGGACUGGGGGGUCUCCAUUGGAAAAGCGCUAGGCACAUGGUUGCGGUCAUUCCAUCGAUGGACGGACGAAGAGGGCCAGGCGAGCGUAGUGGCGGAACUGGAGAGGAAUCACACAAUGCGGGAUUUGAAGCUUUCUGUCAAUUAUGACACCCUGGUGGAACGAGUCGAUCAGUAUCCCACUAUAUUAGGAGAAGCCCGCGAAGUGUUCGAGAAGGUGCGACUAGCGGCAGUUGCUGAGUCGGAGAGGAAGGCCGGACCUGAGUGCGGAAUUAUCCAUGGCGACUUUUGCGUUCUGGUUCCCAUACGGGCACUAGAUUUCAAUCCUCAGACGUCCCUUUUCGUUGUGGACUGGGAGCUCUGCCAUUUCGGCGCCCGAGCGUUGGACGUUGGCCAGAUGCUCGCCGAAUUGUACAUGCUGAAGCACUUCAGGGAUUUCAAUGCUGGGCUGUCCAUUAUCCAGGGCUUCCUCGAGGGUUACCAAGUACCAGACGAGGCAUUCGCCUUCCGAGCUCUGAUCCAUGCCGGUGUUCAUUAUGUCUCAUUUGGCCCGAUGACUCCUGGCUGGGGGUCUCCGGAACAAUUGGAGGAUCUCGUCAAAUUGGGGAGAGACAUGAUCGUCAAGGCAUGGGAAAAGGAUCGAGAGUGGUUCAAAGGGAUAUGGAAGUAUCUAUUCAGAGACUUGUAGAAAAGGCAUGGCCUAGACCACUACCACUACCGCCAGUUGGUACCACAAUAGAGGAAGUCUUGGAGUAUCGGUUGUAUCACCCAUACCUUACAGGGAACAAGAAGCUAUUGGCCCACGUCCUCUCCCCAGCUGCUAAGAGUUGAUUGACACCGUCGAUCGAAGCCAUCCGCGGUCUUCGAAGCCAUUCCGGGCCGGGUUAGACUCGUGUUUUCUUCGGGGAACUGCAGCUUGUAGAUGUAGCAAACAACGUGACGGUGCAACCGUCCAAGCCUUGGAUGACCUGAUCCGAAUCCUAAGCCCUGGGAUCAGUCGGUAUAUCUGG